AUGUCUGUCGUAUCUUUACUCGGUGUCAAUAUUUUGAACAACCCCGCCAAAUUCACUGACAACUACGUGUUCGAGAUUACCUUUGAAUGUCUCGAACAGCUCGAAAAGGAUUUGGAGUGGAAGCUGACUUACGUUGGCUCUGCAACUUCCGACCAGUACGAUCAAGAACUCGACUCCCUCCUUGUUGGUCCCAUUCCUGUUGGUGUCAAUAAGUUCAUCUUCGAGGCAGACUCCCCCAAGACUACCCGCAUCCCCGAUGCAGACAUUCUCGGAGUGACUGUGGUCCUCCUAACUUGCUCAUACGACGGCCGCGAGUUUGUUCGUGUUGGAUACUACGUGAACAACGAAUACGAGUCUGAUGAGCUGAAUGCUGACCCCCCCGCCAAACCUAUUGUUGAAAAGAUCCGCCGCAAUGUGCUAGCCGACAAGCCAAGAGUUACACGUUUUGCUAUCAAAUGGGACUCCGAGGCAUCUGCUCCCCCAGAGUUCCCUCCUGAGCAGCCCGAGGCGGACCUCCAGCCCGACGAGGAAGAAUAUGGAGCUGAGGAGCUUGAUGAGGAUGCUGAGGAAGAAGGAGUUGAAGCGGCUGCCGAGAAUGCUGGCGAGGCUAGUGCUGCAGCAGCUGCAGCUGAUGGAGACGCUGAAAUGGAAGGUGUCGAGGAGAAUGGGGAGCCUGUUGAGGAAGACGAAAUUUCCGAGGAGGGUAGCGUCGAUCUCGAGAAUGAAAGUGAGGAUGACCUUGAGGAAGAAGUCGAGGGCGAUGUUGUCGAAGCUGGUGACGAUGCCAUGGAGGUUGACGAGAAACCAGCUGGUGAUUCAUCCAAGCCUCAAGAAGUAAUGGCCCACUAA